AAAUUAUAUAGAACUAGUCUUCACAGAAAGUUAGCUUUGUAUUCUCUGGUAAGGUUUUCGCAGGGAUUAGUUUAGCCUACACAUCGCUUGAGAAGAAAGUCUUCGAUAUCAAUGGUCUUUGGCUACUCGUUCCGAUAAACAACACUAACGCAUUAUACGAGAUGAACAGUAGCUAAGCGAGGUUAACUGCCGAAAGCUAUAGGCGAAAGACUCGCAGGGCACAAAGUAAACAUGUUCGAAGCGUUUUGGAGGCUUCCGUUGAUAAUACGUUAUUAUCACGUACUCGAUAAUUUCUCAUAGACAACAAAUGGCCACUUACGCGCUGUGGCUCUGGUUACUUGUUAAUUUGCAAAACGACGAUCGGAUUACACGACGUUUGACGAAACGAGACUUCGAUAGCACAGGGGAAUGUCCAUCUGACGGGCCACGACAGUUCAACUCGUUUCUUUGGGCAUUGGAGAGGAAUCCUCCCGUGUACUUUUUUGGUACUAUACAUGUACCGUAUACGAAAGUGUGGGAUCACAUUCCGGCGAAUAGCGAGCAGGCGUUUUACGAAUCCCAUAAUAUCUUCUUUGAGCUUGACCUAACGGAUUCGGUAACUCAGCACACGCUUGCCAAGUGUCAAAUCCUCCCGGGAGGAACGCAGCUCCGCGAAGUGAUCCCAAGGACACUGUUCAGACGGAUUCGACGGCACUUGUCGUACAUUAAGAGAACUUUUCCUCGGUGGAUGACGACGGAACAGCGAAGCAUGGGCUUGAAUCCAGUAGAUUUGUUCACGUCCAUGACGAAGGACUGGCGGAGAAAGAGGCCCAUCUGGAUCAUGUUGCUGCUCAAUGCCUUAAACGAGUACGACACGAAAAAUCGUGGCACCUCCGUCCUUGACACGUUUCUGAUCCGCGAGGCUUCCUUGUUAAACAAGAGGAAGGGAUCAAUUGAGAGUGUCGAAGAACAAUGUGGACCUUUAAAUGCUCUUAAUAACAGUCAGGUGAUCAUCGCCCUUAAUCAGACUUUAGUUCUACAUGAGAAAAUAAGACGUGGCCUGGCUGAGUUGACCAUCUCUACGAAAGAACUGAUCUAUCAUUACAAUUGUGGCGAUCUCAACGACGUGCUCCUCGCCCAGACGAGUUCCCUCAGUCCACAGAAUACAUCAAUUCCAAGCAACAAGUAUGAAAUUGAACAGACGAGAAAACUGGAUGAAUAUUUGAAAGAAGAACUGAUAUUCAAACGUAAUCGAAGGAUGGCAAAACGCGUUCUGAAACUCAUCGCGGAAGAGCCAAAGAAAAAGUUUUUCUUUGCUUUUGGCGCAGGUCAUUUUCUGGGAAAUGGUAGCGUUAUUGAUAUCCUGAAGAGAAAAGGACACAACGUUACGCAUAUCAAGCCAGGUGAUGCAUUGCCAAGGUAUGGAAAUAUGCGUACCGCCAAGAGACCGGCGAAGAAAGUUCGAUGGACACGGAAGCGAGUGAAAAAGAGAGGGCGACGCAGAAGGAGAAGAAAACAGAAAAUAAGAAUCUCAAAUGUUGAUAACCUCUGGGAGAGAAUCCACACUUGGACAAAUCGUCCAGACAUCUUAGAUGCAACGUCGGUUCCUCGACAAUACGUUGAACGAAAAACAAAGAGACCGUCGAGUACUAUUAACCGGAAUACUGGAAUUAACCCGGUCCGUUCUUCCUCGUUUUCUAGCAGUGCAACUGCGUGGGUGGUUUGGAUUUGUUUCGUUCCUAUUUUCUAUGAAAUAUUUCCCUUGUAAAUGUGAAAAUAUCUACAAUGAGUUGUUGCGCACUUGGUCCCCCCCCCCCGCCGAAAAUAUUGGAAUAACUGAGUGACCUUUCCGAGUUGGACGUAUUUCCAGAUUAAUUAUAGAGAAGAAUAAAACAAAGUUUUUAUAUUAAGCAUCUUCCAUAGUCCGGUUUUGGAAAAAUGCAUAGUUGCAUUGAUCAUGUCAGAAAUUUUUUCCCUUUCAUUUUUUCGGAAAGUUAGUUAUCCGCCGAUUGGAACAAAAAUGAUCCGGAUACUGCGUUUUUUAUAAGUCAUUCUUUAAAGAACGAUUUUAGGUUUACAUAUAGAAUUUAUAACAACCUGCUUUUGAAUAGUUUAUUUUUAAAUAGAGAAAAAAUUGUUUUCGGGGCAUUCAAAACGCUUAUCGGCAUACAAAGUUAUUUCUACGUAUUUUAUUUCCACUUUUCCAUAUAGUUAAGACAACAAUGAUCGUCAUGUGACGAUGGUACAUGGGACGUCUGUGAGGGAUGCUUUGAACAUAAGUGCGUUCCCUGAAGUAUAUAUCCUAAGUUUUUUUCGCUUCAAUUAAAAAAGUACAGUAUUUGUGACUCCCUAUCAACAUCCAGCCACUUCAUAUUAUCUAUAUCAAUGUGAUGGGGUAACUCCGACAUUUUCUACCUAAAUUCUCAUCAACUGUACAGAUUGCUAUCGAAUACGAUAAUUCUUUUCUCGGACUAACACAUUCUAGCUUAGAAGUUUGUAAAAAUGUAAUAUCAAUUUUAGCUUCAUAAUUAUGUUUAUUAUAAGAAUAUUGGCGGAAUAUUAACCAAGGACUGGUUUACUAACGUAUACGCUUGUGUAAACAGGUUUACUAUCGUAUACGCUGAAAUAUUAAAGGAUAUAUUAUUAAUAUAUAUAUUA